AUGCUGGCAGAAGGCGACGCAAGGAUUGCCGAUGUGUGUCGCCUCUUGCAGGACAAUGCCGAUGUUGCAGCCCUUUGGAGAGAUUUCCAACGUUUUGCCGAGCAGCUACGGCAAAGCAGCAAGAUGGAUCGGUUGACUUUGGCGUGUGAGCUGCACACAGCUGUGAGUCUGGACACGCUGACGCCCAGCAUCCACUUCCAUCUCAUGUUUGACUCCAGACAGACGGUGACGCUGCCGAAGCCCAGUCUGUUGUUUCGUGGCGCCGUUCCGCAUCAGUCUGUGGAGUGCAAGCAAGCCCGUGGGAAAGCUUGCCGAAAGGCCUACGACCAGGGGCACUACUACCUGCAGGUGCCAAAGACUGGCUCCAUUCAUAUGACGACGACAGCAGCAGCCUUCACCACCUUCCCUGUUGCUCCGGAUUGGAUCACCAACUUAUGGCAGGCCUGUAAAAUCACGGAGCAGGUUGCGGAGCAGGAGUAUUUGCGCUGCAAGAAACACGUGAAAGCCUACUUAGACAACAUGAAGUUCCAUGCCCAAUGCGUGCAGACACAGGUCGUCAAAGCGAGGAAGGCGCAAGAUCUCCAGGAGCUUCAGCCCCUCAUGAAAAAGGCCGUCGUGAUCGAGCAAGUCCAGCGUGACUUCCUUCCACAAUUUACCCGACCCAUGUUCAGAAGGAGCUUUUUGGUCCUAAGUGGACCCACGCGCCUUGGCAAAACAAUCUUUGCCCGCAGUCUCUUCGGUCAUCGCGAGACACUAGAACUCAACUGCUGUGGAGUGAGUCAACCUGAUUUGCGUGCCUUUGACAAUUUGCUGCAUCGAGCCAUCUUGUAUGACGAAGCUUCGACGGCUAUGGUGCUCAGCAACCGUCGCCUUUUCCAGGGAUCUACAGAAGAGGUCACGCUCGCUCAUUCUGGAACAAACAUGUUCACCUACAGUGUGUACGUCUACAACGUCGCCAUGAUCCUGACAUCGAACUCUUGGCUACGUGAGCUGGAGGAAUUGCCGAGAGAGGAGCGCGAGUGGCUCGAAGGUAAUUCAAUUUGUAUAAAUUGCACGCAGCCGCUUUAUGAGACGUAA